AUGGAGAUCACAGGUUCUAACGAGGAAGUUCUGAUCAUCGCCGCUGCCGCUGCCGUCGCACCAAUGGAGGAGCUUCCGGUGGCUGCCGGACAAGUGGAGGUGAAGCUGGCGCCAGGGGCGGAGGCAGAGGCGGAGGCAGAGGUCGCGCUCAAGGAGGAGGCGCCACCGUCGCCUGACAGAAUCAACACCAACGAAGCCCCAUUUGCCGCCGUCCCCAUUUCACAGAUCGCCAAGGGGAAGAGGACCAAGCGACAUCGAGUUCAAUCUCCCGUCGACGCGGUCUCCACCGCCCCUGCCGCCAGUGCCAAUUCCUCCGUCGGGGACGAGGUCUUGGAAGACGCUGCUGCAGACGACGACGAGGAUUAUAACUUCGACGACGACGAAGACGUCGUCGUCGACGACGUCGAGAAUUCGACAUCGUCGUCGAUCCUGCCACCGACGCGAAUUGCGCCGGUGGCAGGGAACACCAAGGAAGAGGAGGAUAUGGCGAAUUGCCUUAUCCUCCUCGCGCGGGGCCAUUCCGUCAUUUCCAACAACAACAUCACCAUCAUUUCCUCCCCCAACGCUGCCGCCAGCAACCACGGCGGCGGCAGCGGAGGAGGAGGAAAAUUCACCAGCAGGAGGUUCAUGGAGACGGCCCCUGCCGCCGGCGGGAAGGCAGGGUACUACGUGUACGAGUGCAGAACGUGCAGCCGGACGUUCCCGUCGUUUCAGGCGCUCGGCGGACACAGGGCCAGCCACAAGAAGCCCAAGAACACCAACAACAAUGCCACGACGGCGACAAUGCUCAACGGCAGAUUCAUGACCGUGAACAUGUCCUCCGGCGAAGAGGACAACCGCAUCAACAGUCUCAGGGACAUGAAUUCGUCCCUCAACCUUCAAUUGAACAGCCAAAACCACCGAUCCGGUGGGAAUUACAACAAUAAUGUCGCGAGCUCAACGAUGUACGGAAUCCACCACAAGGGGAGCAACAUCAGCAGCAAGGUGCACGAGUGCGGAAUCUGCGGGGCGGAGUUCAACUCCGGGCAGGCGCUCGGAGGGCACAUGAGGAGGCACAGGGCGCCUCCCGUCGCCGCCGCGGCGGCAGCAGCUCCCGCUGCUGCAGCUGCUAAUGCAGCAGCUGCAGCGAGUGCCGCCGCGACGACCUGUAUGUCCUUGGUAACGGCUACCAACGGACAUAAUAACGGCUAUGGUAACGGUAAUAAUAGCCGCGGUAACAAUCACAAUUGCAACAAGAACAAUGUGGGGGAAGCGACGGCGGCGGGGAAGAGAGGGAGAGACGGGAGCAGUUUGAGCAUGUCGUUGGACUUGGAUCUCAAUCUGCCGGCGCCGGAGGAAAAGCAGCAGCUUCAAUCGGCGUUUGCUUCUAAGCAGCAACAGCAUCAGCCGCCGCAGAAGAAACAAGCUCUAGUGUUUCCCAGCCCUGCUUUGGUGGAUUGCCAUUACUAA